AUGGGCAAGCCUUCCGUUAGCACCUACAGCUCCCAAGUCGAGCGGUUCAGCUACCGCGAACCCGAUGAAGAGGAUUCGCGGCCAGAUGCGCUGGAGGAACUCAUCGAACAGAAGAUUGCCGAAAAGGACAGCCUGGACAGGCGCGGCGCACCGCCGCAACUUCAUCUUGUCCUUGCAGUGGCACGAACGGGCACAGCAAGUCACAUGCUCUACUCCAAACCGAUCCUGCAGUUGUGUGCCGACGCUUGCCUGGCCUACCGGGACAUGCGCUGGGCUGCACGUAUUGUCUGCAUGGAGCUGCAAUUCCGGGAAAUGAUGGACAAGGAUGGUUCAAUGAACAUUCAAGAAGUUGAGGAGCAGGGCGAGAGAUGGAAAGAAGCUCACAUGCUCUGCACCAUGGCAGGGGUGUGCCUGGAGUUUCAGCAGGUGGAGCAGGCGGAGCAUCACGCACGCAGCGCCGUUCGCCUUGCAAAUGGCCUUGGGGACAGGGCCGCCCGCAGUGAAGCGCUGAACGUCCUCGCCUCGGUCUUCCUUGUGCAGCCGGAGCAGUCCGAGAAGGCCGUCAUGAUUCUGCAGCAGGAGCAAGCAGCCUGCAUAGAGGAACGUGACGAACUCGGAGAGGCGAUGUGCAUGCUGUCCCUUGCCAACGUCUACAUGGAGCUGGGCAGACCGAAAUUGGUCAUCUCUGCGGCAGAGGAUGCACGAAGAAUCUUCAAGUCCUCCAAGGAUCCGUGUGGGCACCGAGCUGUUGAUGGCAAGUGA